AUGACGGUCAUACCUAACAGACCCCUCACACAUGCUCCUCAUGCAAACUGUGGCAAGCUGGUAUUGAUCUUAAAGUAUCUAUCGCAUGCCAUAAGCUGCUAUUCUAAGCAGUGCUAUUCCGUUAUAUCCGCUGGUCCACCAAGCCACAACUUACAGCACUUAACAAAUGCACUGCGCUAUAAAAAAUUACGUCAAAAAAUCGUAUCUCAGAAUAAGGAGACCGACAAAGCCAAGGAGGUACCCAAAUGUCAAGAAACUGGAACAUGUCAGCUGUAUCAAUCCAGUCAUGCAGUGGAUGGAGACAUUAACACGUGUACAAGGACAGCACCUUUUGGAACUACAACUCCAGAUAAAUGGACAUGGUGGUAUGUUGACCUUGAGAAAGUACUCAGCAUCUACAGCAUCAGAAUACAGUUCAAAGACAAUGGAGAACAAUAUGUUAUGAGACAAAGAGGACGUUUUGCUGGUUUUUCACUCUAUGUGUCAAACACAACUAUAAAGGAGGAUGGGUAUCUGUGUUACAAGAACGGACAGGAGUUACCGACCUUGGAUUUCAGUACAACUUGUGUUAAAUAUGCACGUUACGUUAUAUUCUACAAUGAAAGACUUGACGGGACAACUUAUCCUACUGGAUAUCAAACAACUAUAGUUUUCACUGAAUUAUGUGAAGUAACCGUAACAGGUUGUAAAGAUCCCGGUGUGUAUGGAUAUAACUGUGAUCUACCCUGUCCAAACAACUGUCAGGAAUUGAGAUGUGAUAUUGUCAACGGAACGUGUUUGGGUUGUACUGCAGGAUGGGUGGGAGGUUUUUGUAACAAAUCAUGCCCAGCUGGAUAUUACGGUUUACAGUGUAGAUCUACGUGUACUGGACACUGCAGAGACAACCUGUCCUGUAAUCAGACCACUGGACAAUGUGACUAUGGAUGUGACAACGGAUGGACAGGAAUACAUUGCAACACACGUAAUUCAUUUGUCGUUACCUUAAAGAUGUCUGAAACAAAUAAAAUACAUAUACUAACUGUAGUGGAAUUUUUUAAAGAUAAAAACGAUGAAAUAUCAAUGCAUUGGCAACAGGAAGAUGUGACAGAGGUUGUAAUCCAGGAUAUACCGGGGAACUCUGUGAUAAAGGUUGAUGUUGAAAGUGUAGUUUGA